CAUAGUAAAAUUCCUCAUGUGUGUAAUUUAAAACGAAACUACUUGAAAAUAGGAUUUCCUUCGUUCAAAGAGAAAGGGUGGAUAUAUUUGUUGUAUAUGCCCGAUCGGAAUCGAGUGAUGACUAAGAGUUAAAAAAAUGUAAAAUCAAUUGGUAGCGGAAUCUGUUGGGUAUUAUAUAUGACCUGUUCUUGUGAGGUUCCAUGUGCCUCGUUACAAUAAGGAAAUGAACGUGGAGUUAAAACCAGUGACGUCAUGUCCUACAAACGCCAGUUCGUGGCUUAACAAUGGCAUUAAGUUACAGUGUCCUAAUGAUACACUAGGAAGGAACCUGUACCAGUGUGUACCUAAUGAUGAAAGAUCUUCACUUGUGGAAUUUUGUCUUCAAGGGAGUAUUGGCAGAUAUGGAGCAAAUUUGUGCCCUUUUGCUGUAUCCACUGGACACCUGGACGCUCUCAACUGCUCAACGUUUCUCAGUGGUUGUCCAGAAGAAUCCUACAAUACAAAUGAAGUGUAUAAAUAUCACGCCUGCUUAGAAAUAAAUCCAGAGGAAAAAUGCUAUUUUGCAAAUGAAAACUGUCCAAAUUAUUCAAUGUCAAUUUCACAAAACACUACCUAUGUAUUUCAACCGGAGGAUGAUAAUACAGCAAUUAUUGCUGGUGUUGUUUCCACUUUCAUCAUAGCUCUGCUUGUUCUCGUAGUUUUAUAUCUCAUUUACCGUAGACGCCGAAGGCACCGUCGACGUAAAGAGAAAAGAGGGAGUGAAGAAGAAGAAAGAGUCCCUUUGUUUACUAUAGCUGAUUACGAUUACCCCAUCCCUGUCCAUAACUAG